AUGACAGUAAGAGUGCCGAGGAGCUAUUGGCAUAGCAUAGAUGUGAAGCGUGUACUUGUAUUGCUCGGGUUGAGCAUCGCCGUGGCGUACGCCGCUGCGUUUGUAUUCGUGGUAUUCGUCACCCCCUCGCUGCAAGAAUCCUUUCCAUCUACUUGGGAAUCGCCUGCUCCAGUGGCGUUGAUGCUCAAAAAGGGCUGUUUGGAGGAGAUGUACCGGCAUUUCCCUAUGGCGUUCCACUUCACAACAGACCUGAGCCCAGGGAUGUCAUUUCUUAACCGCCAAGGGUGUGGAGAAGUUUCAAACGUUGUACAUGAUCAGAGUGAUGCUCUCUGCAUCCGAGGUGUUGCGCUUCACUGUCACAAAGGUCGCGUGUGUAGCACUCGUACCGGCGAAGAAAUAUCUGUCCGCGCACUCAACGAGACGUGGAUGCGUCGUUAUGAAACGGAAAAAAAGCGUGAUGAGCGCCCGUGGAUGACUGUCAACCAUGGUGGAAAGUCCCCAUCAGUUCUUGUGCGGCAGGGCAACGCGGUACUCUCAGCUCUGGGUCUCGCCCAUGUGGUUGCCCGUAUCGAAAAUGAAAUGCGUGUCUGUCGCAUGCCCUUCAAAGAGUCUGUGAUGGCGGCAUGCAAGGGGCAGACCCAGGAGAACUCAACCAGUGACGCAGAGAAAUAUGUUCUGGUUGAGCUUGGGGCAGGCAAUGCGAAUCUACUAUACAGUUUUUGUCCUCCUGACCCGCUGCGCCGGCUGCGGUGCUAUGGUGCAGAGCUGGUGCCUGCUUUGGCAGGCGAUGCGAAUCUGUACCAGGAGCAUAUGAGCAUUGCCACAGGAACUGGUUCUCCGCUUCGUGACGGCUCAGCAACCCACGUUCUUGUUCACGGUGUCCUUGCAAUUGCAUCACCCAUGGAUGGAUGUGAAGUGAUCCGUGAAGGCUUGCGCCUUUUGAUGCCAAAGGGUCAGAUGCUGAUUGUAAUGCUCUUUACAGGCUUUUCCGCAGCGUGGCCAACGUGGCAUCAUCCUUUCUUUUUUAAUGAUACAGCAGCGGAAUUUGACCCGCUCCAAUCGUCGCCUUCGUCGUCUAUUUUGCGUUAUUGUAGCUCUUACAGUGGUACAGAUUACGGGGAAAUUGUGGAAAAGGUAGAGUUCUUGUGGAAUGCACCAGAGUUUGCGUUUUAUGACCCUGAUUUUCAGCGUUCUGGUGUGUAUAUCGUGCGCCUUACCCGCUCAGAGAUAAAGAUGCAGCCAAACCCAAAUGAGGGGUCACGGACUGCUACACCAGAUGCUGAGGAAAGGAAGCUCUAUAAAGACAUGUGUGCCGAUCCGACAAAGCUCGACGGCAUCAAGGAUGCUCAGAUGCUCUGGGCGGAGCGUGUGUUGGGCAUGUAUCACACUAGUAUCCGGAAGAAAAUUAGAAAGGGACACUAUAUUUGGGUUUCCACGCGCGAUUAG